AUGGUAACCUCCCGGCCACCAGAAGGCGGAGCAGGGCCCGCGGACAGCCGGACAGCCGACGGGUGCGGACGGAAGAAACGCCCCGUGGCGGAAAGCGAACGUGGAGACUCCCGGUUGCCACCGCCGAGCGCUCCCGGCGGCACAAGCACCCGGUCAAGCCACCGCAGCACUUACCGCCCGUGGAAGAUGAAGGCCCCUAAACGCCCGGUUCCUCUGCUCCCGCAGGGCUCCCAGGCCCCGCCCACAGGCCCGGAGCCAAUGAGCGGCGGACAGGGCCCGUUCGCCGGAUCGCACGCCGCCGGCGUCUUUACUGUGAAGGGGCUCAGGAGUCAUUCCCACGUUAGUGGGAGGAGUGUCGGCUCCCGAACGAGACCGCUGGAGCCCAGCCUUAGCAGAGGCCCCGCUGACUCUCGACCCACGGGACACACUCAGUCUCACGCUUCUGCUCUGACGACAGAGCGAGCCUUGUUCCUUCCAGCAUCUUCCCAGGUGGACAGUGCAUCUGCGGACAAAGCAGUACCUGAAACAGAAGACCUACAGGCAUCAGUGUCAGAUAUGGCAAGGCCACCAUCUGAAGAGCAAAGUAAGGCUCUUGAAAAACCAAAACAAAAAUAUAAUCACUGUUUCAUGUAUAGGAAGAAAGUGCAACUUACUGGGUUUCAAUGCUGGUGUGGAAAUGCUCAGUGGGGCGUACAACGUGACUCCAGUGUACACAGUUGCUCUUACAAAGCUGAUGCUGUGGAGAAAACCAGAAAAGAACAUCCAGUAGUUGUUGCUGAAAAGAUCCAGAGGAUUUCAACUUCUGCUGGAAUACAAAAUCCUUUGAUCAUCUGCAAUCUAAAAAUUGACUUAAGGUUUUUUCCCCCGGUCAUUAGGAAUGUAGAGCAGUGUAUCUUGCAUAGACAUUUUAAUCAUGCAUGUUAUCAGAAGAAUAGAUGUUGUUUUUGUUUUAAAAAUGACUCUUGACAUUUAUUUCCAUUGCAGUUUCUGUGGCUAGAAAGA